GUAUGUUCCUGUGACGCGCAGAAAUUUUAAACUAUCGUCCUUGUCAGUGAUGGCGGCUUCGUUAAGUUCUCUCCCUGUAAGCUGUAAUAACAAAUGGUACUAUACACGACAACAGAUCGACAACAGCCCAUCUCGGCGAGCUGGACUUGAUCCUGACAAGGAACUGUCCUACAGACAACAGGCAGCGAACCUGCUCCAGGACAUGGGACAGCGGCUCAAUGUGUCCCAACUUACAAUUAAUACAGCCAUUGUGUACAUGCAUCGAUUCUACAUGGUCCAGUCAUUCACUAGAUUUCACAGAAAUGUUAUAUCUCCCGCCGCACUCUUCCUCGCUGCGAAGGUCGAGGAGCAGCCCCGGAAGCUGGAACAUGUUAUCAAGGUGGCCCAUGCAUGCCUCGAUCCUCAGGAUCCUUCACCAGAUGUACGCAGUGAUGCCUACCUGCAACAAGCCCAAGACCUGGUCAUUCUUGAGAGCAUAAUACUCCAGACCUUGGCUUUUGAAAUCACCAUUGACCAUCCUCAUACUCAUGUUGUCAAGUGCACUCAGCUUGUCAGAGUUGUUCCAGCGAGUAAGGAUCUUGCUCAAACGUCAUACUUUAUGGCCACUAACAGUCUGCACUUGACCACGUUCUGCCUGCAGUACAGUCCGCCGGUUGUGGCCUGCGUGUGCAUCCAUCUUGCCUGCAAAUGGUCCAACUGGGAGAUCCCUGUGUCCACAGACGGCAAACACUGGUGGGAGUAUGUUGAUCCCACCGUUACCCUCGAGCUGCUGGAUGAGCUCACGCACGAGUUCCUGCAGAUUCUGGAGAAAACACCCAGCCGGUUGAAACGGAUUCGCAACUGGAAGGCUGGAGGUCAGACCCCAAAAGCCAAGCCCAAAGUCCAGGAGGAGGGGGACCAGAGGGACACCAUGAUGAGCAUGAUCUCCAUGGCCUCAUCGGAGAGCACCGUGGCAGGCUUGAUGAGCCUCUCGGCUCCACCUUCCGCCUCCUCUUCCUCAUCCGUCGGUGACAAGGACCGGCUUGAAUCUGGCAGCGCCCUGACCUGGAGCGGCAAAGGCCAGGCUGGAUCCGAGCAGCCUGGCAACGACGUCCACGUCCCAGCUAAGGUGUCUCUGAGCGAGUACCGGGCCAAGAACGCAGACGUCCUGGCUGCCCAGAAGAGAAAGCUAGAGAACAUGGAGGCCAGCGUGAAGAGGGACUACGCCAACGCUGCCCAGGCUCUCAUUGGUCAGCAGCAGAGGAAGGAGAAGCAGCCGCAUCACCACCAGCAGUCCAGCUCCUCCUCCUCUGACAACCCGUCGCCCAUAAUUCUGAAAAUCCCCCUGGAGAAGGAGAGGCACGAGAGGACCUCUCUCAAAAUGCGCUUACCCCUAGCGGGGGGAGGCGCAGGCGGAGGCGGCGGCCAUAGUGGCGGCGCCCGAGGUCAGGAACAGGACAUCAAAGUCCGAAUACGAGUGCCUGAGAAGCAAAGGGGGAGUUCAGGAGAGGAGGGCAAGAGCAGGGACAAGCACAGGGAGCGGUCCAACCACCACCACCAUCACCACCACCACCACCAUUCCUCCUCGACAGGUGCCUCGCUCUCCUCUUCACACAAACAUUCAUCUAGUUCUAGCGGGGCAGUCGGAGGCAGCAAAAAAGUCCCCAGCGACUCUUCUAGAACGAGCUCCUCGUCCUCGUCCGCGUCACGUAAGAGGACGCACUCCCAAGAUCCCGCAGCAGGCACUCACCCUGCCUCUAAAGCCAGCAAGUCCUCUAGGAAUCCCUACCAGCUGCCGUCCCUUUCUUCCUCCUCCGGGCAAACCCUAGGCCACGGCCCUGACAUUCUCCCCGCUCUGGGCCUCCCCCACCACCCAGGGAUCUAUCCGCACUCGCACAAAGGCGACAAGACAGACACUAAUGGGCACGGCGCGGCUGGCGGAGCCCAGUCAAACGAGUACCAGGACACUUUUGAAAUGCUGAACUCACUUCUGAGCGCACAGGGGGUCCAGCCAUCCCAGCCGUCCAUGUUUGACUACAGAUCCCAAUACGGGGAGUACCGUUACAGCGGUGGCUCCCGAGGGAACAACCCCAGGCCCCCGCCCCUCCCUUCAGAACCGCCUCCCCCGCUGCCGCCGUUACCCAAAUAGGAUCGUCAUCAGGAGACAUAUUAUACACAUUGUACUUGACAUCCCGGACAUCCAUGUUGUUACGUAAAGUAUUGUAUAAUGUUGUUGUUUUUUUUUUUGUUUUUUUUUCAAACUAGCCCAACUAUUUUUUACAGGCUUCAGUGUGACAGCAAUGAAAUGUACUGGUGAGAUAAAUGAGUUUGCAACCUUUUUUUUUUUCUUUUUACAUUUGUGGGGCAAUAAUGAGAGGCUUUAAAAGCUUGCAAAAAUGUGAGGGGAAAAAAGAAAAAUACAGGCAAGUGUAGAUAAUAUCUUUUGCUCUUCUGUUUUACUCAAAUGAAAUGUGAUGAUUGGAGUUAAUUUUAGCAUCGCUGUUUUGGAAGUCGUCUUGAAAUCAUGAGGAAACAAAGAUUUCUAUCACAUACCUUUUUAGGUCUUCUUACCGAUUGUUUUUUUUAUAAUGUUUUUAUAGUAUGUUAUUUAUUAAUUGAAUGCUUUUGAAAAAGGAAAAAAAGAAAAAACAUAGUCCCCUUUUCUACCUUUUUUUAAGGUUCCCCCUCUUUGUUCUUUUUUUGGCAGAGGGAUAUUUCUUCAUCAAUACUGUACAGGCUAGUUUGAGAGUGCAUGUCUCUAAAGCCAUCUUUUCAAUAUUUUUGUCUUAAUUUUUUCUUUUUAAAUAUUUUCCUCCUUUUUUUUUUAUAUUUUUACACAGCCAUAACCUAAAAGAAUAAAUAGGUGAGUGAGCCCACCCCUGGUAUUUAUCAAAUGUAUUUCCUUCAUUAUUUGAUGAACUUGUACAAAGAUUGUAAAAUGUUUAAAACAAACAUGAACUAUUUUUUACAUUUUGUAAUGAAAAAUUGCAACAACAAAAAAAAAAAAGUUGUAAAUUAAGCUUGUACUUUUUUUUUUUUUUUUUGAUUUUGAGUGUUGCAGUCAUUGUUUUAAAUGGUUGUAAAAUAUUCAUAUUCAGUUCUCAAAUGAUUACACUAAUGGACAAAGUUCAUACCAAGGAUAUACAUCUAUUCAAAGGGUUCAAAGAGUUCAAACAUAUCUACAUGGUCAAAAUGAAGGAGUUGCCAACAAAAACAAAUCCCUUUAGAGAAGAAAUGGGACUUUUUAAAAGUCAUGUAAUUUGUCACUUGUUCAUCAGUUUCCUCUGGAGGGCAAAGUCUUUUUUUAUGGUGAUGACAGCUAAACGCCAAGAAAAGAAAUAGGCAGAAUAUAUGGAUGGACAUCAUUUGUUGUGUUGGCAUCAGCAGCAGCGCCCUGAAACUGCCGAGAGGGGGGGAAAAAAAGCUCACUUUGUGGCGACCAUAUUGAGCACAAUCUACAAUAAAAAAAGUAUUCACAAUACACUAUAUCAAAGUCGAAUCAAAUGCCGUCUGUCCGUCUUCAGCGAUCGUCUUUCAUGUCUGCAUUUCCCUUUUGGGGGUGUUUGAAAAAUGUGUAAUCCCCCGGUGUACGUCUGUCAACUCAUGCUGGUCUGAUUUUAAUCAUGUAAAAGCUGACUUUUGACUUCAUACCUUCAAACAAAAAUUCAGCUGAAGCUAUUCAGCUAUUCUUCAGGUUGUUUAUAGUCCACCCACACGCCAUGACUCAUCAGAAAUGUUUGCAUGUGUUCUUUAGUUGUGUAAAUCAUACAGGCAAGCAGGUUAUCAGCAUACAGCCACUAAAGAGUCAUGAGUAUAAAGUACAAUACUCUUAAUUAAAUGAAUGAUUAAUUAUUGUUAAAUAUAGUGGAAGGGGUGCCACUUGUUGGUGAGAAAAUUGGGUAUAAUUUGUAGAUUUAAUUCAUACUAAGCUCAUGUGGUUUUGAUUGUAUAGUAUUACUGCUGUGUUUGAUCCGUUUGUGAUCCAAAAACUCUGUUUGUUUUAGGCAGUUCACAGUAAUGCAGUACAACAAAUCAUCGGCUGUUGUAAAAUAUUUUUGUUCCCUUGAUUAUGUGGAAGGUGAGCUGGAAAGAGUGCCGCUCUUUGCUCAGGCGGCCGGCAGAGGUUUUAUUGGUUAUUCAACUUUUGGUUGUUAACAGGGAAACAGUAAAUGCACUGAAUAUUUAUCUCAGUAGGUUUGCCUACAAUGCAAAUGACAAAGUGUUACAUGUCUAAUGGUUAGACUAUUAAAAUAGAUAUUUCCAUUUUUGAAAAUGAUCUUAUUGGAGAUGCACACAUCUUCCAAUUUAAGUAUUAACUUUAUGCUGUGAGGAAAGUCAUAAAAAA